CGCGGUGGGCUCGGUUCGCUCUGUGUCCGUAUGUCAAUCACGCGCAGGAAAGAGAUGCGAAUAUGAGAUAAUAUUGUAUUUAUAAUAUUACUGCGCUGCUGCAAAGAUCAAGAUCUGUCGUGCAACGGUGUAUUUGUGGGUGUUGUACGCGGAUGGAGAUAUCGUUAUUCAUAAUUCAACAUACUCGAAAAUCUGUAUUUAGGUUUGCUUUCCUUCCGUAACACUACUAUAGAGAGAGAAAGAGUCAAAGACUGUAUUGUAGCGUCCACAGCAACCUGACUCUUGUUAUCCGGAGUAGCAAUUAACGUGCGUGUGAAAGAACUUUUAAACUGCCAUUCAAAAAAUAUGGAUACUGUCUUCGAGGAAUGCUUAGAGGCACUCGAUAACCUCGACGUCAGUUUAUACGAUGUACACAGUACGUCGCACACCAGCGAAACGCCUUUAGAGACGGUAGAUGCAUCUCGCUCGCAACAUGGCCGUGAAGUGAACAUAGGUAAUACACAAGUUACGGCAGAGAUAGUGGAAGGUGUAGAGGGGGCAUUUAUUAUUCGCAAUGUAUUAAGCAAAGAAGAAUGCGCGCCCUUACGGAAGGCGGUAAUGGACUUACACGCAUCUUAUCUUCUGAAAUCGAAGCCUCGACGGUCAUCCCAACACCAUCUACCAGCACGGGUUGCUCAAAAGGCACUGCGAGGUCUAUGUGCACGCAUCAGGCACGUGCUUCCUCUUCUAGCUGGACCCACACACAAAGGUGCGUUAGAGUGUGAGGGUGAAGAGAUAUCUAACUUCCUGCGAUGCUACCACUACAAAAAGAAUGACUCGUCUGCACCCCACUAUGACCGCAGCUUCACACAACAUGCUGAGCUCAAAGGCCCAGAACACGGAAGGUUGCUGCGUUUUUCAGCAUAUUCUAUGUUGUUGUAUCUGAACGAUGGUUUCGAAGGGGGUAAUACUACGUUUUUCGAGAAAGUCGACCCAGCUUUAAUAGCGGGGACUGGGUUCACACUGGCGGAUGAGAGUACACGUGACCAACUGAUGAUUGCGGGCCACGUGGCACCCCAAGAAGGCGAUGUACUGAUUUUCCCACAUGGAAAUCAUAAGGGUUGCCAUAGUAACCCCUUUCACGAAGGGUCUCGCUUGCUUAAGGGCGAAAAGAUCAUCAUCCGAACAGACAUAGUCUACCGUGCACCUCCCGCGAAAAAGAAAUACAAAUACCAAAACGUCAAUAUAUAGAGCAUAUGUUGAAAAUUAAAAUUACAGAAUAUAUUAGAGAACUAUUCCGAAGUUGGACAAGUAUUAACUGAAAACGUUGCCCGGAAGGUGCGCUCCUCACCUAUAACUAUUGGAAUACACGUGAUGUAUAUUCUUUACUCAUGACUCCAAAGUGGAAGUACCCACGAUGUCGUUCGUUGAAGUUUUGAGUGGUCUACUUCAGUGCACCUUCUACAUACUUUCCUCAAAGUACAUCGGUCACAUUUUUCACACUAAUACUGUACUAAGAUCGUGAAGCGCUUCUUAUGCAUCUCGAAUCCAGAGUUGAAGCACCAAGGUCAAAGAGUGCAGUACAUACUGUCGGUCGUUAGGCACCGUUGGACUUUCAACAAGCACACUGACCUCAAAGUAUGUCAGUCACACCUGCCGAUUAUCAUUGAUGAUAAUAUGCUUAGGGUAUAAAACUAAGGCUAGAACUAUUGGUGUAUUUGUACUGAUAGAAAACCGAGAUCGCGAGGCGUUUUUUCCCACCUCAAACCAGAGUGUAAGAACCAAGGUCAAAGAAAAUCAUAGCAUUAUCAGUCGUUAAACGCCUUAUCAGACUACAUCAGUGCACUUUCACACGCACUAAAUAAAAGCCCUCGGAAGUUCGUCCUUGCCAAAUUCUGUUGCUAUUAUUAUUGCAGACUCUAUGCGACUGUGGCCUGCUGGCCCGACAGUCAAUGGAGGUUCCACAGACCCGAGAUUCCCAUCCAUUUCUCAUAUGUAUCCAUAUAUAAGACUACAUCAGUGCACUUUCACA